AUGAUGGUGACCGUGCCGAUGUUGUUGGCGGCGUUGGCUGCCGUCAUCAGCCGCUAUACUGAACAUCCUACGUUGUGUUUCGCGCGUCCUCAGCGGAUCUGGGCCCUUUGGACUUGGGGUCGAUCUCCGUGCACGCUGACACUCCUCUACCUCGGAAUCGAGAGCUCAUUCCGUCUCGCUCUUGCUGCCCACCUGUCGAAGGUGGACCCGAACGACGAUCCUGACGGAGCCGGGGGCACCUCAGACGCAGCCUCGGACCAGGAGUCUCAGUCCCAUUCGCGGCAGGAUUCCCGCACCACUGGCAGCGACGAGGCGGCUUCUCCUGUUCAGGAGCGCACUCCGGCGGGCGAGUCGCAAUCCAGUCUCGAAGCCCAUUCCCCCCAUCAGGAGUCAGCUGAAGCCGCUGGCAGUCAUGAACGGAAACGCGGUAAAUCGUCAACAACAACACAGGCUGCGCCGUGGAAAUUCGCCCGACGGUUCAGGAUGCGUAGUGGGGCGCGCCUAGAAGAAGCUGCGGAGUUGGAAAGGAGAGCCGAAGAGAUAGAGAGGCAGCUUCAGGCAGCCGGGAUACAAGUGCCGGCUCCCCUGGAAGCCAAUGAAGCAGUCGGGGAUAUCCAGGUAGCUUCUGAUGAAAAUGCAGCAGGCCGGCGACCGAGGCACUGCGCGAGUGGGGGCAAAAGGAGAACGCAGACGAGGGCGGCGACCGACCCGCGACGUCGCCCUUCGGAGCCACAGGCCGGCACCUCGUUAGGCACUUCACUGCUGGCUAGCUCCAUCGAGGUGCGCGGCCACGAGGGUGUCACGUACGCGGAGUUGGCCAUUCGACAACUGAGGCGCUCGGCAGCCGCCUUGACACGGUUCUGGGGCGACCGGAACGCCUAUACCGUCAACAACAUUGCUGACCGACUGCGUCGGGAGAAGAUGGACCCAACCCUCAAACAGCUUCGACGGUGGUAUAAGAUUGCGCGGAUUAUGCAUUAUGCCCGUUCAGGUUCCAGGUUGGAUGAGGCACGAGCUUUGCUAGACAAGGCCCAAUUACUGGAGACGCAGAUGAGGGAGGCUGGAGUAUCUUUACCAUCCGAAGUGGAUCGCCCCGUGGGCGGCGCUUCUCAGGAACCAACUUCCAGACAACAUUCGGGGCCGUCAAGCACGUCUGCGGGUCCUGUGCGAACGUUUGCGGAGGUUGCCGCUGCCAAGCUGCGGAGAGAAGCUGCAGAUCUUCGGCUCACCUGGGGGGCUGGAAAAUCUAUGUACACGGCACAGUUUCUUGCUGACCAUAUGGCGCGGUACAACAACCCGAAUCCCGGUGCCAGUCUACUCAAGCAAUGGACGUACCAGGCUGUGAACCAAUACAAUCGGAUGGCAGAUGGGAAGCUCUCACUCGCCGCGGCGCUAGAUGCAGAGGCGAAAGACAUAGAAAAAGAAGUCGUGGCCGUCAUACCGCGCGCACGGGACCCCGAGUCGGAUUCGUCGGACCAGGAAGGCGCUCAAGAUCCCCGUGAAACACCAACUAGCACAGGGCCAUCGUCGUCCCCUACCGCCCACUCCGGCGCGGGUCCGAGUGUCACAGCGGCGCCGUCAUCGGUGCCGUCUCUUUGGUUCGCGCCCGCUACUUCCGUGGGCGACUACGUCCGACGCACCGGUUCCGCCCUCUGGACGCCACCGGGCCCCUCUUCUCUGACUCGUCGCGCGGCACCAGCAGGCCAGCAGACGGGCGCAGGACAGGUGGCGACGAGCGCACGCACUGGGGGCACACGACAGGAGCAGACAUCGAGUUCGGGUGACAGCUUGGGUCGAGGCGAACUACCGCGGCCGGCCCCCACGAGCCGAGAACUCCCCCCAACACGCCGCUCAGCUGCACCUGGUUCUCCCCCUGCCAAAAGGGCCCGACUGCUGUCCAGGGGCUCACCAGGCGCUGGCAGCGCCGGGCCCCAUUCGCCUAUCCCCCCGUCUCCUGCGCAGGCGCCACCAAGGUCACCAACAGCAUAUACCCAGACUCAACCUCCAGCUGCGCCUCUGCUCGUCAGCACCGCCCCCCCAUCUGGCGCAGCCGUCGGUCCGUUAGCCACGCGCCUUCCGCCUCAUAUGUUACCGCUGAAGAAGCGGCCCCGCCAUAGUGAUACGGGUGGCGACCGCACAUAG